AUGCGUUACUCUGUUAUUGCCGCGUCGCUUCUUGCAUCCACUGCCUCAGCCUGGCGUUUGCCUGACUUCGACUGGAGCGGCAAAGGCUACCAGGGAUGGCCCCGUCCUAGCCACAGCUCAUCUGUGGCAGUAUCUGCUGUUCCAACCAAGACUGCCGCUGCUUCAGUGAGUCACGUUGCUACCACUGUCGUAGCUACCGUGACCCCGACAUCUGCCGUCGCAGAUGCCGUUUCUAAGACUUCCACCGCCGCAGCCAGCACUGGCACAAGCUCCUCUGGCAGCCUGACCUCCGACGAGCAGGCCGCUCUCGACGCACACAACGAUGCUCGUGCUGAGGUGGGCACUGCCGACCUGAGCUGGGACACCUCUUUGGCUGCGGAUGCUUUGGCCUAUGCUCAGACCCUAGCAUCGUCCGGAACCUUCCAGCACUCUGGCGUCUCUGACCAGGGCGAAAACCUGUACAUGCAGUCUUCCAGUGGCACUCCUCUCGCCAACGCCGUGAAAAGCUUCCUUUCGGAGAAGAGCCUGUACAGUGGCCAGGCUAUUAGCUCCACCAACUACCAGAGCUUCGGUCAUUACACUCAAUGUGUCUGGAAGGACACCACCAAGGUUGGAAUGGGUGCCGCCAAGGGAAGCGAUGGUUCUACUUACGUUGUUGCCCGUUACAAGGCGCCUGGUAACUACAUCGGCGAGACCGCUUACUAG